UCUGGAGUUACGUCAGACACAGGGGGGAACUGCACGACAAGCAAAUAAGCGUCUAAGGAGAUUUCCAGGCAUUACUGCUAAACUUGGGUGAGACUGCUCAGUGCUCAACGAUCAAUGCAUUUAAAAAACUUUACUGUACACUUGUCAAUAUGUGGUAAGCUAUUUGUUUGGAAGUUUCAGCUGUGGAUCUUGAAACUUUUUCAUUUCUGCGCGACAGAUACAAAUAAACAAAGGAUUCUAUGGAUCAUGCACGGAUAAAUGUGGCAUGAAUAACGACUGUGUGCUAACCUCUUUUCUAUUGACUGGUAUUAAACAUAUAUUUUUAAUAGAUUUAUAGAUUAAAAAAAAUACAACAUGCCUCAUACUCGGACUAGGAACCCGAGCCCCAUACCCGAUGUGACAUGGGACUCUGGAAUGAAAGAAAUGAACGAGACCUGGAAGGGAGCGGUAGCCUGUCUUGGUGUGGCCAUCUUCUUCGUUAUGACUAUUGGGAUAAUUUAUUGGCAAGUGGUCGAUCAACCCAACAAGAACUGGAUCCUCACAGGGAGCUUUAGUGGGCUGAUCUGGGAUAGGAGGACCCAUUCCCUUAUCAUACAGACACUGGCAGAGGACAAGACCUUCGUGGAAAUCGACGUGGGGAACUUCCCUGCCUUGGAGGUGCCGUUUGUGAAGAACCUAUGCUGGCUCAACAAGACCGAGUUCUGUUACACAUGGGACUCAACCGCAGACCUAAAAAUAUCCUUAGAAUCGGAAUACUCUCCUGGAACAGAAUGCUACAGCAUCCACUGGACACCUCUGCAUUGCCAAGUGGAUUUUAAGGAUUGCUUUUCAAUGGAUAAUAUUUCCUGGUACGGAGGAGCAGGCGUACGUGCACAGAACUGGCCUAUAAAUAAUGUGAAUAUUGCCUUGCAACCUUUUGUUGUGAGCAACCUGAGAAACAACCCUACAGGCUUCGGGUCAGUCUUAGAAAGAUACUUUUUGGGAUCAUCAGGUGUGGCUUUGUUCAUAGCUCAGGAUAUCCCGGUGCACAUUUCCAUCGACAGUCGGAAGCACUUUUGCUUGCAGUCCCCCCUCAGCACUAAACUGGUGCCACUGCAGUACAUGGUGUGUGUCGGUAACAACAUCAAAACUGUCCACCAAGAGGUCGGGAGCCAGCUCUCAGAACUCCCAAGAGAGCUGCCAAACACACACAUUUUACGGUUACCUUUCUGGAAGCUGUUGGCAAAUGCAGAUUCUGGAGCAAAGGUUGAACGAGAGUUAAGAACAUUCUUCAACCGAUUAAAAAGACACCAACUGGGGGAAGGUGUUGUUAGUAUCAGUGAACAUUCCACAACAAUUCUUUAUGACAUGGACAAUGAAUCUUUCUACGGCAGGAAAAAUAGUACUUUGAGACACACCAGGGACCUCCCACGUUUUAAACUUCUAAACAUUUCCAUUACUUUAUCUCCGUACACAAGCGUUGAUACAAGGCAAUUCCAAACUUCACUGCAAGAGGGACGAGAAGACUACUGGCUCAGCCUUCCCUCCAAAACAGAUGGGUAUCUGGCCCCACUGCUCACCAAAUGGAAAGGAAAGUUUUCUGUCAAGUUGAACAUAACGAAUCAUGCUGCAGUGAACUGGUUUCUGGACAAGGUGAGCAGCUUGCAGGCGAAGCUGGGGGUUGAGUACAUCACCUUGGAAGGUGGGGAGGGAAACCCCUUCACGGAACAGGCCCUGGAGCCUCCCAAGACCCUGGCCGGGGAUGAGUACAUUGGUCUGUUUGCUGAGAUUGCUGCCAAGAUAGGGAACUCAUCAAUAAUAACGGCUGGGACGAGAUCAAACCAUUUACCGCUGUUUGUUCGAAUGUCUCCCCAUCAGUCAGACUGGAGCUACUCGGGCAUAAAAGGCAUUAUUCCUUCCGUUCUUCACUACAGUCUUCUGGGAUACAAUUUCUUCAUACCUGAUGCAGUAGGAGGUUCCCUGUCAAGUGAAUUUGUAACUGAUGAGGAGCUGUUUAUCCGUUGGCUGCAGAUUGUGACCUUUCUCCCUGUCAUUUCCUUCCGGACGCCACCCUGGGUCUGUGGGGAUCGGGUCCUGAACCUCACGAGAUUGUAUAUACUCAAACACCAAGACUCUGUCGUUCCGCUCAUAAUAAAGUAUGCAGAAGAGUGGGCCUCACAAGGCAGGCCGGUCUUUCGACCUGUCUGGUGGAUCAAUCCUAAUGACCCCGUUACCUACACCAUUGAUGACGAGUUUCUUAUUGGGGACGAGUUGCUUGUCGCCCCAGUGACAGAGCGUGGUGAAGUGCAACGGGAUAUCUACCUGCCAGGCAGUGAAUACCAGUGGAUGGACACAAACAAUGGCAAGGUUUUUGACGGCGGGACUUUGUUGGAGAAUUACUCCGUUCCCCUUGAAGAAGUGGCUGUUUUCCAACGAAGGAGUUCAUAAGGCCUGCUGGUUUUCCACACUCGCUUUCUGAGUUGCACUUGCUUCAAAGACCACAGCUGCAGUGCCCCAAGACAGUACCCUGAGACAUGGCGCUUUUUGUAUCUGCACUUUACGUGAAAUGAUUUCUAGAUUCAAGAUUUGCUUUUUGUUUUUUAUUGUGCCAUAGCAUCGGUUUUGCAUUUACAGUACUGAUUGAACUGUUUGUUUACAUUUAACAGUUUUUAACGUUUACCGAAGUUUCCAUUCAACGGAGCAUCAAAAAGCCAAUAGGAAAGAAAAUGUGAAGGAUGUUUUCUAUAGUGUAUUAGCCAGGAUAAUGCAUAUUCUAUGAACAAUAAUAUUAGACAAAUCCUUUGAAACGUGAGCAGAGAGACCCAGUGAAAAACAUCACUCUCAAAUGAAUUGAAACUGAUUUAAAAUAGAUUAUACUUAAAGAAGUAAUAUCUUUUCUUACCUGUUAUUUGCUGUCAACAUUAUUGAUGGUCGCCCUAUCGUUAUCUGGAUGAUCUUUUAAAUUCAGGAUAUGGCUGUUGGAAAAGGAACGAUCUGAGCUUCUGUUAUUUUGUAUUUUGGAAACUUCACAGGCUGUUGCAGUCAUUUCCUCCUUAUAUGAAAAAGUCAUCCCAAAAUCAAUCGUAAUCAAACAGUUAUGCAGGGGGUCAAAUGGGUUGUUUAUGUAUGAAAUAACCACAGCACUCCAUGAACGUUGAUGGAGUAUUCUGUUUUUAUAACAAGUACAACGUGAAAAAACAUGUUUAAACCUCAAGCUCAGCAUCUGCUUAGCAAAACAAGGCAAUCUGAAAGACUGGGAUUCGCUUGGUUAUUCUGUCAUUGGAUUUGAAUGUGUGCAAAACUAUUGAAUCAGCAGCACCAAAUACAAUAAAAGGCAUUCAACACUAGAUCUCUCAACAUUGGUAUUAAACCUGAGAGAAUCUUCAUAAACAUUCAAAACAGUCCUUAACGUUUUGUGAAUAGGGCCCUGAAUGUGAGAAAUGUGAUUGCAAAAUAGUAUUGGCCAUUCAGUCGUCAAAAAAAGCUACACUAUGAAUGACAGUGCAAGUAAUGUACUUGGAAACUAAGGACAAUUUCUGGGAUUUACUAGGUCGCUGCAUGGACUGGAUACUGUGCCUUGAAUAGUUUUUUAAAAGGGUUUGGUCCUGUCUGCUUUUAGCAAGUCUGGCUGAACAUUAUACUGUCAUUUUAACUACUUGCUACUUAAAACUUUUGGUAUCGCCAGAUGCUUGUACUUCUGGCUUCUUGUAAUUGCUUGAAAUCCAUGUGGUGUGCCCUCAAAUUGGAGCUGUAAAAUAUGCAACUGCAUUGCAGUGACUAGAUCCACCUGUAUUUCCUCUGGGACCUGGUAUUUGAUUUCUUAUUCUUCUUACACUAUAUUUUCCAAGCAACUCUCAGGUCUGAUAGGUUAACUAUGUCUUAACGUGGCUUGGUACUUUUUGCUCAUUUUAAUGUCUUAACCUUUUACAGUUUACAUUUUUAUGAAAUUGUUGUCGAUAGGUGUCCUUGUUAUUGAGAUGAAGAUGGUCACAUUUCAUUUUUUUUACUCCAAACUGUAAUUAUAUAAAUUCUGCUUGACUAUUAUUGCAAUGGUCUUUACUCAAUUCAGGCACCCUAAUGUUUAGAUCUGACUCUAAACAUCCCCCUAGUGGGUUAUUGUACUAACCCAUUUUAAUAAUAUAUUUGGAAUGUAUUGCAACUGUGCUAGCGCUUAUAAGCACCUUUAUGGGUUUUUUACCCAAAGGGAAAGAGACAGACACAGAAGCUCUUUUAAAGGGUGUUGAAUAAUACAAGCACUGCCAGCCACAAGCACUAAUUAACAUACUAAUUUGCAUGCUAAUUUAUAUGCUAAUUUACAUACCGCUGCCAGUCCUGAGACAACACCUCCAGCAGUGUGCAGUCAGUUGUGCUCGAUACAGUAUUUUUUAAAACUAAACAUUUAUUUUAAAACUAAACAACCUUUUAUUUAAUUAAGAAUAAUGCCAGUAUUCUUAAAAUAAAUAUGAGCUCCUGAGCACUGACUGAUUCACUCAGCAAAACGUGUGCCUGUUGUACCCCCCACUAUCAUUAUAUGAGGCAGCCAUAUUAGCCAUAAAAGCAAAUAGCCCUUGAGAAACUCCAACAGAAAUCACACCACUAUGUUCCUUGCUUGUAUAAUUUUUCACUUUAAUAGUAUAUACAUUUCAUAUUUCUCAAAUAAAACACUGGCAGUAAUCAUUUGUUGUACUGUGAGUUACAUGGUCUGAUUACAGCUAGGCCAUUGGAGCAAGCAAUCUGAAGCACGGGAAGUGAUUAGGGAACCAGGAUGCAGCAGCAAGUCUUAUCCUGUAUGCCUGCAUGUCUUAUGUUAAAGUAACUAAGCUAGCAAAUAGUCCAAACAUCUGCAUUAGAAAGGGGGCUCAGUUAAAAUGUUGCCAGAGUGAAUGAGAGGUAAGCAAAUAGAUGUUUAAAAUGUUGGUUGCCGCUCCUUUAAACUAUGCUUAUUACAACCUGGAGUAAACUGAGGCCAAUUUCUUGACACAGGGGCAUGUGUUAAAAGCCUUGUGUGUCUGGAGGAGUGUUAUAAUAAAAAUAAGCCAGACACAUUAGACUGUUUUAAACUGUGAUCCUUUUUGUGCCUUAACUGUUUUAAAAGAUAUUCUCAAAGAAAUCGCCAAUGUUUAUUUCUUUAAAAAAAAAAAUAAGUAAGUCAAUAUUGAUUGUGGUCUAUAUAUACUUUGCAGCAUAUUAAAUCUUAAUUUUUUUUUUUUUUUAUCAAUGAUAUGUUUCCAGUGUUAUACGUGGCCUAAUGCUUCGUAAUCAAUACUUGAAAUGUAUAGCUUUCACUUAUAUUGCUAGCAUUUUUACAUGAACUCAACUGUGUGUUUUACAGCAAUCACUCACUAAAUAUUGAAAUUUUUUGUUGACAGAAUAAUUGUAACGUUUGUUUACAAAACCAAUGACAAUAAACAUGGUAAA